AUGAUGACUUUUCUAGCUGAACUGAAUGGACUGGAACUAUGGGCUACCAAUAUUGGUAACGCCUACCUAGAAGCCUACACUAAGGAGAAGGUAGCAAUUGUAGUUGGACCAGAGUUUGGACCACUUCAAGGUCACACUCUUAUUGUGUCAAGAGCUUUGUACGGAUUACGUUUGAGUGAAAAAAUGUGGCAUCAGAGGUUUUCAGCAUGUCUAGAGGAAGAAGGAUUCUUUCCUUGCAAGGCAGAGCCAGAUAUUUGGAUGAGACCAACUGCUGACGGAUCCUCCUACGAGUAUGUGGGAGUGUAUGUUGACAACCUUGCAAUGGCAAUGAAAGACCCACAAGCUUUUGUAGACAAACUGAUCAAAGUCUACAAGUUCAAGCUGAAGGGCACAGGACCACUUGAGUUCCACCUUGGAUGUGACUUCUACAGGGACGAGCAUGGGGUACUUUGCAUGCACCCAAAGAAGUACAUUGACCGCCACUACGGUUUCGGAGAAACAUUGAGCUGGAGGGCUGGCGCGCUAAGUCUUCAUCUCAAUGUUUCUCCAACAACAACUUUGACUAUGAAGGGACUUCAUCAGCACAACAACUUGUCACAAAUCUUUGGCCCAACCCAGGAAAAUUUGAACUUGUUUUCAAUUUCUUCAGGCUUUAGUUGA